AUGGCCCCGAAACAAGAUUUUCCUCCCGUUCGGGCGUGUAUCUUCGACAUGGAUGGAUUGCUAAUCGAUUCCGAGGACGCCUAUACCAUAGUGACCAACACAAUCCUACGAGAGAACGGUCGCCCUGAUCUACCCUGGGAAGUCAAGGCGCAACUCCAAGGUCGCCCUGGCCCCGCUGCAGGCAAGAUCUUCCACGAGUGGGCACAGCUCCCCAUCUCACACGAGGAUUUUAUGAAGCGCCAAGUCGAGCUACAGACCGAGGCUUUCAAGAAAUGCAAGCCCCUGCCAGGCGUAGAGAGCCUGGUAAGAAGGUUACAGGGUGCUCGAACAAGACUUGAAGGCGUACAGAGUCCUGGUCGCCAGGGAAAGCAGAUCAGACUUGCAUUGGCAACAAGUUCUCAUUCCAAAAACUAUGAGAUCAAGACUCGAGGUAUGGCUGAGCUAUUUGACAUCUUUCCUGAACCUCAUAAAAUCGUCGGAGACGAUAGCCGCAUACCCAAGGGGAGGGGAAAACCAUUGCCAGACAUCUAUUUGCUGGCUUUGCAGGUCAUCAACGAUACCAUCUCGGCCGAAGGGGAAGGUGAGCGAUCUGUUCGGCCCGAGGAAUGUUUAGUCUUUGAGGACAGUGUGCCGGGAGUUGAAGCUGGGAGAAGAGCAGGCAUGAGAGUCAUCUGGUGCCCUCAUCCUGGUCUGUUGGACGUCUAUAAAGACCGAGAGGAGUCGGUUUUGGCAGGCCGAACAGGAGAACACAAAGAAGACGAUCUAGAUCAUGCUGAGGGUCUUCCUCUCGCCGGCAGCCCCGGUCAAACAGGUGAGCUCCAUGAUGGAUAUGCCGAACGACUCGAAACUCUCGAACAUUUCGACUACGCGAAAUACGGCAUCGACUUUUCGGAUGCUCGGUAUACGUCAGAGGGUGGUCAUUCAGCAGUCGACGGAACCACCGAUAAGCAGCUGGAAGAGAUGACCGCCAUGGCAGAUGGUAAAAUGCAUGCCCCAGAAGAGCCCAGCCCGAGAGCCACUUCCAAACCAGGCUUGCGGUGA